UUGCGCAUCUUUGACAGUCCCUCGGUUUUGUACCGUGUUACGUCCGUUUCCGCUGAAUCAGUUCUAAGUAAGACGCGACCAUGAGACCACUGAGCUGAGCACGUACUGUAUGAUAUAGAUUCAUCUGGAGCAGUGACCGGGGCAAAAAAAAAAAAAACCCGUAAAGCUGAGUCAUAAAUUAUAUUAACUUCAUUUUUGAGUUUUCCUGAAUAACACUGUGUUUUGUAGCCGAGAUUAAGUGCGCGUCUGUUCAUACUGUAUGAUAGCAGCCACGCUCUUAACACUUGGCUGAAGCAGGGCUUUUGUGUUAAUCAUUGGGUGUACUGUUAUCGGGUGUGCAUCGCUCUGAAACACCUUCGGACUCAAUCGGAAAUUGCUGUGCGAAACGAUAGUUUUCUUUCACUGCCUUCUUUCCACGGUACUGGCGGUCAGAUUGAGAAAAAACAGAUCUACUGUAUAUCGGGAGCCCAGCUGUCAGUUAGGAAACAAAACAGGUGGCCACUGCAGACGCACACGCGUCAGGGCGAAAAGACCAACAGCUUGUUUCUUUUUUCGCUAAUCUUCUGCUGACGGUAGCCUGUUUAACCCGAAGUGCAGAACAGCAGUAAGCUCUCACUUGGCCAGCCCGCACAGCAUUUGUUUGUGAAUAGUUUCUCGGUGCGCACUCUGCUGUCACCCUUCUGCUGUCUCCGGAGGAGCUGAAGUUCACAUCUGCGGAGGUAUGAGAUGAGAUGGUUUUGCGCUGUGCGUCUGCUUGGAUUCCGAAACACCGGGACCUCUGGAAACUGUCGCCAACGUUAAUUGUUCCCGGGAUGUUAUAGAUCUUUCCAGCGGGCAUGUUACCUGAAAUAAACAAUAAGCCAUCUCGACCAGAUGCCAUUGUGCAUAGGUUACAACAGGCUGACACCAACCGACUGGUUACCAACAAAGCCUACCAACAGAAGUUCAGUUCCAAUGUGGGCACCCUGCCCCAGCUGGAGGUCCCCAUCAAGCAAAUGGUGGUGACAAACGCCAAGCCCCAUCACCAGCACGAAAGCAUUCUCCCACACAUUGUCAACAAGGGCCUACCGAAUGGGUAUCCAGCUCACCAGGAGGAGAGACACAAGGGCUUGCAGUACCCGACAAGAUUUAGCUCCGUGGAGAGUCUCUCAGACUCCACGAGCAAGAGCCAUUCUAACAAGCAGGAGAAGGAGAGGACACUGGAAGGACAAAAGCUACCUCUCACACCAGCAGAGGCGCUAAAGCACUUCCAGGACCGUCUGACAGAGUAUGAACAGGAGGAGAUAAUGGACUAUUCGGAGCUGUGGUACCUGGGACUGGACUCCAAGAAGAUCGAAGGGAGCCAUGGAACGCAGCAGAACUAUGGCUAUGACGACGAGCAGGGCAGCUACAUCAAGGUUCUCCAUGACCACAUUGCUUAUCGCUUUGAGGUGCUUGAGGUAAUCGGAAAAGGCUCGUUUGGACAGGUCCUAAAGUGCCUGGAUCACAAAACAAAGGAGCUAGUGGCUGUCAAAAUAAUUCGCAACAAAAAGAGAUUUCAUCAUCAAGCCUUGGUAGAGUUGAAAAUCCUAGAUGCUCUGAGAAGGAAAGACAAAGAGAACAGCCACAAUGUCAUCCACAUGAAGGAAUACUUCUACUUCCGCAAUCACCUCUGCAUCUCCUUUGAGCUUUUAGGGUUGAAUUUGUAUGAGCUCAUUAAGAAAAACAGCUUUCAAGGAUUCAGCUUGGCUCUGAUUCGACGCUUUGCCUAUGCAUUACUGAAAUGCUUGCAAAUGCUCCAUCGAGAGAAGAUCAUCCACUGUGAUCUGAAACCCGAGAAUAUUCUGUUGUCCCAGAAAGGACAAGGGAAUAUAAAAGUGGUUGACUUUGGAUCAAGCUGCUAUGAACAGCAAAGAGUGUACACGUACAUACAGAGUAGGUUCUACCGGUCUCCAGAGGUAAUCCUGGGACACCCCUACAGCAUGGCCAUUGACAUGUGGAGUCUGGGCUGCAUCCUCGCAGAGCUGUACACUGGGUACCCCCUGUUCCCUGGGGAGAAUGAGGUGGAGCAGAUUGCCUGCAUCAUGGAGGUACUUGGACUGCCUCCUAAUGAGUUUCUUCAAACAGCAUCAAGACGCCGAUUAUUUUUUGACUCAAAGGGGAACCCCAGAAACAUUACAAAUAGCAAAGGGCGAAAAAGACGACCUAACUCCAAAGAUCUUGCCAGUGUGUUGAAAACCAACGACCCCCUUUUCCUGGACUUCCUGAGACGAUGCCUCACGUGGGACCCUCAAAAGCGUAUGACGCCAGACGAGGCCAUGCAGCACGAAUGGAUCCAGGAAGGGCGUUCACACAAGGGGCGCCCCAAAACGCGUCCAGUGAGAAGAACCGCUGAGACCGCCCCCAUCACAGACAACAAUAAGGAGCACAGCUACCGCAAGAUGCCAAGCAACAGGACAGCCGAAAAAGGGGUUCCCGAUGACGCCGACAAAGCCAGGAGGCAGAACUCCGGAAAAGCAGAAAAGAUGCCUGAGGCGGAGCGCCUCAGGCCCCUAGGGGCCUCCGCGGAGGAGGAGGUCACCGAGAGUGAACCCCGAGACGCUGGGAGGAUGAAGUCAGCGGGGGAGCGCCCCGUCCAGCUCAUUAUGAAACCCCAGCCUGCAGGCCAGAGCGCAGAGGAAGAGCCACGAGGGCCAGCACAGACUCUGCCCCCUACUGCAUAACAGCCAGUACGAGGGCACCAGGAGCUCUCGUUUCUCUGGUCCUUACACAUCAGUUUGGCUCAGGGAUUUGCAGUAGUUGUCAACAUGGUUCAUUUUAUUAGUUUUAGAAUCGGAAAUGGUCAAUAACCUCCAAUGUUCUGCCUGAAGAGACCAGAAUUUGGUCUGGAUUUUAGCCUGGAUGCCAAAGCAUCCCCAAUGUGCAAUACCUAUUGUGUUUGUUUGACUUCAAGGGUGUUUUUUCAUAGCAAAAUCACCCAAGAACUUCAAAGACAAUGGGGUUUUUCAUGUUUAAGAGAUUGCAAAAUAGGACUCCUGAAGGCUGAGCCAAACAAAAAGUUAGAUUUUAAGCCUUAGUUAUCAUCACUUGUAUUUUAAUGAACACGCCAUUGGAUGAAUUUGUUUCUUUUGUGACAUCAGUCAGGAGUGUUUUUUUUUCUCAAAACAGUGAUAUUUUCCUGGUUAAGAAUAUUAAGUCGGGAUUUCAGUGACAGUUUUCUUAAACAGGUCUUAACAAAUUGUGUGUGACACAGUGUAGGUAAUUUCUUUAAUAAAGACUUUAUUUUAUAGCCUUUA